AAAUCCACCACUAGUUGCUCUCCGAAAUAAAAAAUAUAUGAGAAAUGGAUAAACAAAUCGAAGAGUUUGUGAGAAAUUCUUUUGCUUCUCUUGUACGUGAGACUUCUAAUGCCUGAGGCAUUAUGCCAUCUACAGCAAUUAUUUUGCUAGUGAGGUACGGAUGGAAUAUGUCUGCCUUGGUUGAAGAUUAUAAUUCGCUAAUGAGGUUGGAGCCUUUGCUUGUGCAAUGUGCCCAUGUUGCUUUUAAUUCUUUGAAUCAAAAAAGGGAGUAUUGUGUUUGCAACGUAUCUCUUAUUUGUUGGGAGUUUAACUGUGGACACUCUAUUUGCAAUGAUUGCAUUCCAGGUGCAGUGUCUAAUCAGUUGAACACAAGUACACUCAUCAUCUGUCCGGAUCCGAAUUGCAAUUACUUCAUUAACUAUUCCAAUGUCCUUGCUGAUAUCAGAACCCUAUAUCUAACUUCUCUGCUUUUGGACUAUGUGGACACUCUUGAUAAGAGAAGUUGUUUUGCAAAAUGUGUUGAUAUGGCUUGGAGCCAUAGGAAGAAAGUGAUUUCAGCAGUUGAUUCUGCUUUAAAGGCUCUGAAGGAUGAAUGGACCAGUCCUCCUGAUGGUUGGGAAGGCUCUGAUCCUUGUGGAACCAAUUGGGUUGGAAUUACAUGUCAAAAUAACCGCGUUGUUUCAAUAUCACUAGGCAACCUUAACUUGGAAGGAAAGCUUCAGCCCGAUAUUUCGUUCUUGUCCGAGUUGCGGAUCUUGGAUUUGUCUUACAAUCCUAAAUUAUCCGGACCGCUUCCACCAAAUAUCGGUAACCUUGGGAAGUUGAGGAACUUGAUCCUUGUGGGAUGUAGUUUCAGUGGUCAAAUCCCUGAGUCCAUUGGAAUGCUAAAAGAACUUAUAUAUCUCUCCCUAAAUUUAAAUCAAUUUAGUGGAACAAUUCCAGCUUCAAUUGGCCAGUUAUCAAAACUGUAUUGGUUUGAUAUAGCAGACAAUCAGAUCGAAGGAGAGCUUCCAGUUUCUAAUGGGACUUCUUCACCUGGACUUGACAUGCUUCUUCAAACUAAGCAUUUUCAUUUUGGAAAAAACAAGCUCUCGGGGAAGAUCCCGAAAGAACUUUUCAGCUCAAACAUGACUUUGAUACAUGUGCUCUUCGAUGGAAACCAAUUCACGGGCGAAAUUCCAGAGACCCUCAGUCUCGUUAAAACGUUGACGGUGUUACGACUUGAUAGGAACAAACUAAUUGGAGAUAUUCCUUCAAAUCUUAAUAAUCUCACAAAUCUUAACGAACUGUACUUGGCCAACAACAGAUUUACUGGUACUCUUCCAAAUUUAACCAGCUUGACCAGUCUCUACACAUUUGAUGUGAGCAAUAACACUUUGGAUUUCUCACCCAUUCCAUCAUGGAUCUCUUCAUUACCCUCCCUAUCAACAUUAAGGAUGGAAGGGAUCCAACUUAAUGGUUCAAUACCAAUAUCAUUUUUCAGCCCUCCUCAGUUGCAGACUGUUAUCCUAAAGCGCAAUAGUAUAGUGGAAACUUUAGACUUUGCUAAUAAAGUCCUCCAAGUAAUAUUGGCAAAUAAUCCAGUGUGCCUAGAGGCAGGAAACGGGCCGAUUCUCUGGUGUAGAAGGCAGAAGAAGAGAGCAGAGAGAGCAACUGGUCAAAAUAAUCCUUUUGCCAAGUGGGAUACGAGUAAGAGUAGUAUCGAUGCUCCACAGCUAAUGGGAGCAAAAGCGUUUACUUUUGAUGAGCUAAAGAAAUGUACAGACAACUUUUCAGAGGCAAAUGAUGUUGGGGGUGGAGGUUAUGGCAAGGUGUACAGAGGAAUUCUUCCCAAUGGACAACUCAUAGCAAUCAAAAGGGCUCAACAAGGAUCUUUGCAAGGAGGAAGUCCUAUAGAGAGAGGCAAAUAUGUGGUGAGAGAGGUGAAGACAAAGAUGAAUACAUCGAGGAAUUUGUAUGACCUACAAGAAUUGUUGGACACAACGAUCAUAGCAAGCAGUGGGAAUCUGAAAGGGUUUGAGAAGUAUGUAGACUUGGCUUUGAGAUGUGUGGAGGAGGAAGGAGUUAAUAGGCCAUCAAUGGGUGAGGUUGUGAAAGAGAUUGAGAACAUAAUGCAGCUUGCGGGUUUAAAUCCUAACUCGGAUUCAGCAACGAGUUCAAGAACGUAUGAAGACGCAAUCAAAGGAUCUGGUGAUCCUUAUGGCAGUGAAUCUUUUCAGUACAGUGGGAAUUUCCCAGCUUCAAAGCUUGAGCCCCAAUGAUUGAUUAUGUCUUCCUUUUUUGUUUUUGUUAUUUCGUAAGUGACUUCACUUGAAAUGCCUUGUGAAUGUGUACUAGCAUGAUUUGAUAUGUUGUUAUGUGGUCUCUGAUUAUAAAAGCAGAGGAUUGGA